AUGUAUUGCUUUCCAUUUACUGCUACAGGAGGCACCAGUCACUGCGAAAUACUCGAGCAUGUAUGUCUCAUCGCGCUUGCCGUAGAAUACAACAGUAUCCAACGCUGUGACCUCGAAGUUGAAACAAGAAAGUCUGAGAGAGCUGUGACGCGGAGAACAGGUCACCUGUACGCAGCGCGCGCCAGCAGGGCGCGUGCGGUUGUUUACACAGUCCUUAACUGCAGGCUGGACAGAUCCUUGCUGAGGAGGUUCUGCGGCGCAGCAGGAUAUGGUUGGGAUUACCCGGACACUGAAUACAGAGACAUCCCGCUGUGUUUCCCGGAGGUUCUCUGCUCCAGACCUAUGCUCAUGUUGUUAACUGAUGGCAACUUUAGGCUCAGCCCAGCAGGUUUAGUCCGUGUGCGACAAAGUUUGAAAACCCUUCAGCCAAUCGAUGAGCUGAAGAAGGGUCCUUUCUUGCUGCAAGUCACAGUCCAGGGGUAUCAGCAGACGGAUGCAGGGGUCGAGGUGGAUGUCUGUUUGUCUGCUACAUCCCGUUCUGGAUGCCCAGUGUGGGAGAGCGUCCUAACACUGCUGUCCAAAGACAGGCAUCACAAAGCCAGCAGAGACUUACUGAGGAACAGCAGCAAGUGUGACCACUGCUAUGAAGAGCAACCAGCUAAUGAAGAAAAUUUGAAGCAGGUGGAGAUCAGAGUUCCCAGGACAACGGGGCUGCGGUGUGUAUGGUCCUUCACUGACUACUCCCCCCAUUGCCUUCUCUCUCUGCCAGCCAUGUUCUGCAGCCUAAAGUCUCAAACAGCACCAGCUUUCUGGAUGCUGUCGGUCUGCUUGGCUGAAAUAGAAAAACACAAAGGUGUUGAAAUCAUCACAGCUCCUGUCAGCAUCACAGCCCAGUUUAAGGAGACUCAGCCAGCGCCGGGAAAAAUAACGAUCAGGUUCUGGGAGAUCAGCAAAAAAUUAGGCCAGUCUGCUGAUAAGGACAUACGUUUCCAGGUGCAGCUGCAAGGACAAAGCACCGCUCAAAUGGUGGGACUGAUCUCUAGGGCUAAAUUAAUGUAGAUGAUUGACAAUCUUGUGAAAUGCUUACGUUUUGAUUUAUUGUGAUGGUUCUGUUUCUGUGUGAACAACCCUUUGUAAGUACAACCAAUUUUUCCAUAUG